AUGGCUCGUAAACGGAGUGGAGGCUGCUGCCCCCGGCCGCCCCUCAAUGAGGACAAUGCCCGCUUCUGCCUGCUGGCAGGGCUUAUCCUGCUCUACCUGCUGUGUGGGGCGGCUGUGUUCUCAGCCCUGGAGCGCCCCUCCGAGCUCCGUGCCCGCCGCCUCUGGGACCAGCAGCUGGCCAACUUCACCCUGAGUCACCAGGUAAGCCUGGGAGCCUUGCACGCGCUGCUGAGACAGUAUGAAGAGGCCAAUGGGGCUGGGAUCAGAGUGGACGCUCUUAGGCCCCGCUGGGACUUCUCUGGAGCCUUCUACUUUGUCGGCACGGUUGUGUCCACCAUCGGCUUUGGUAUGACCACCCCAGCUACCAUCCCUGGUAAAAUAUUCCUGAUCUUCUACGGCCUCAUUGGCUGUGCCGCCACCAUCCUCUUCUUCAACCUCUUCCUGGAGAGGAUCAUCACCAUGCUAGCCUACAUCAUGCGCUGGUGCCACGAGCGGAGGAUGAGGCGCUCAGGGGUGGGGCCUGUGUCUGGGGUCGGGGAGCCCCGCAGAGAGGAGGACAGUCUGGAGGGUUGGAAGCCCUCUGUCUACUACGUGAUGCUGAUCCUGGGAGUGGCGUCUGUGCUGAUCGCCUGCAGCGCCUCCUCUCUGUACUGCUCCAUGGAAGACUGGAGCUACAUGGACUCCCUGUACUUCUGCUUUGUGGCCUUCAGCACUAUCGGCUUCGGGGACCUGGUGAGCAGCCAGAGGGAGCGUUAUGAGGCCCAGGAUGCCUAUCGCCUGGGCAACUGUCUCUUCAUCCUCAUGGGCGUGUGCUGCAUCUACUCCCUGUUCAACGUUAUCUCCAUCAUUAUCAAACAGACUCUCAACUGGAUCCUGACCCAGCUGGCUUGCCCAGGCCGGCGCUGUCGGCUCCGCCAGCAGCGGCUCAAACGCAAUGGUGUGCAGCCCACCCCGUCCCACCCCCCUGCGAGGCGACACCGCUACACAGACGCCUCGGUGGAGACAGUGUGUAACAGCGAGACAGACGCAGGGAUGGGGGUGGACGGGGUCGCUGGAGGCCGGCGUCUCUCUGGGGAGAUGAUCUCGGUGAAUGACUUCACAGCAUCCAAUAAGGUGUCUCUGGCGCUGCUGCAGAAGCAGCUGUGUGAGACGGCCCACCAGGGCCCCCGUCAGAGCCACGUUCCUCGUCACAACGGCUUCUCUGGGGGGGUGGGCGCAUUCGCCAUCAUGAACAACCGCCUGCAGGAGACCAGUGUGGACAGGUAAUCACACCUGACCCCAGUCACACUAACUCAAAA